AUGGGUCUGCUGAGCUCUAAAGCCCUGAAAGCCAAGCAAGCCCAUAUUCUUCUUCUGGGACUUGACUCAGCUGGGAAGUCUACUCUCCUUUAUAAAUUAAAGCUUGCCAAGGAUGUUAUAACCAUCCCAACAAUAGGUUUCAAUGUGGAGAUGAUCCAAAUGGAAAGCAGUUUCUCACUCACAGUCUGGGAUGUUGGAGGACAAGAAAAAAUGAGAACUGUUUGGAGCGAUUAUUGUGAGCACACUGACGGGCUGCUGUAUGUUGUGGACUGCGCAGACAGGCAGCGGCUGGAAAUCUCCCGGAAAGAGUUCAAACACAUCUUGAAGAAUGAACAUAUUAAAAAUGUGCCUGUUGUCAUAUUAGCCAACAAACAAGAUGUGCCUGGAGCUCUGACAGCCGAGGACAUUACCAGAAUGUUCCAAGUGAAGAAGCUCUGCAGUGACCGGAACUGGUAUGUACAGCCCUGCUGUGCCGUCACGGGUGACGGGCUGACUGAAGGAUUUGGGAAACUGACAGCGUUCGUGAAGAGCCACAUGAAAUCAAGAGACACUUCGGCCUUCUUCAAGCAGAAAUGAGGCUGUGAAAAGGUCCAGUCCUCAACAGAGACGCUGAUGACAAUACGGAGAGACUCUGACCAGGAAACAGGAAGUGCUUCGUGCUGGAGAUGGAGUCUAAGAAGAUCCCUAACUCCUCCCGGAAGGCGCAGGUUAGCCACGUAAAGUUCCCAUUCCAGAAGACUCUCCAGGAGCACUGUGAGCAGGAGGUGGCAAAGAAACUGAAGACUGAAUUGGAACUCACAGGAGAGUCUCAGAACUUCCAGAGAGGGCCUGGUACUGACAGACUCUUUCUUCCUACCCCACCUCCAACAAGGGCUAGAAGCAGGCAUCCAGCCUCUACAGCUGUC